UCAUACUGGUGAAAAGCCGUUUUCAUGUGGGAACUGUGGAAUAAGUUUUAUUCAACAACAGCAGUUAACUCGGCACAUGAUGAUUCACAGUGGUGAUACGCCGUUUUCAUGUGUGAACUGUGGAAAAAGUUUUAUUCGAAAACAGCAGUUAACUCGGCACAUGAUGAUUCACACUGGUGAAAAGCCGUUUUCAUGUGGGAACUGUAGAAAAGGUUUUAGUCACCAACGGGAUUUAACUCAGCACAUGAUGAUUCACACUGGUGAAAAGCCGUUUACAUGUGGGAACUGUGGAAAAAGUUUUAUUCAACAACAGCAGUUAACUCAGCACAUGAUGAUUCACACUGGUGAAAAGCCGUUUUCAUGUGGGAACUGUGGAAAAAGUUUUAUUCGAAAACAGCAGUUAACUCAGCACAUGAUGACUCACACUGGUGAAAAGCCGUUUACAUGUGGGAACUGUGGAAAAAGUUUUAUUCAACAACAGCAGUUAACUCAGCACAUGAUGAUUCACACUGGUGAAAAGCCGUUUUCAUGUGGGAACUGUGGAAAAAGUUUUAUUCAAAAACAGCAGUUAACUCAGCACAUGAUGAUUCACACAGGUGAAAAGCCGUUUACAUGUGGGAACUGUGGAAAAAGUUUUAUUCGAAAACAGCAGGUAACUCAGCACAUGAUGAUUCACACUGGUGAAAAGCCGUUUACAUGUGGGAACUGUGGAAAAAGUUUUAGUCGAAAACGGUUUUUAACUAAGCACAUGAUGAUUCACACUGGUAAAAAGCCAUUUUUAUGUGGGAACUGUGGGAAGAGUUUUAGUUUAAAACAGCAGUUAACUCAGCACAUGAUGAUUCACACAGGUGAAAAGCCGUUUACAUGUGGGAACUGUGGAAAAAGUUUUAUUCGAAAACAGCAGUUAACUCAGCACAUGAUGAUUCACACUGGUGAAAAGCCGUUUACAUGUGGGAACUGUGGAAAAAGUUUUAGUCGAAAACGGUUUUUAACUAAGCACAUGAUGAUUCACACUGGUAAAAAGCCAUUUUUAUGUGGGAACUGUGGGAAGAGUUUUAGUUUAAAACAGCAGUUAACUCAGCACAUGAUGAUUCACACUGGUGAAAAGCCAUUUUCAUGUGGGAACUGUGGGAAGAGUUUUAUUCGAAAACAACAGUUAACUCAGCACAUGACGCGUCACAAUUGCCUGCAGUGUGACAUUUAUUACCAGGAGAGGAGAUCCACUCUGGACCAGGAGGAGUUGGAACCUCUGCAGAAAAGUUUUAGUAUAAAACAGCAUUUAACUCAGCACAUGAUGAUUCACACUGGUGAAAAGCCGUUUUCAUGUGUGAACUGUGGAAAAAGUUUUAGGGAAAAAAAGAAUUUAACUCAGCACAUGAUGAUUCACAGUGGUGAAAAGCCGUUUUCAUGUGUGACCUGUGGAAAACGUUUCAGUCAAAAACAGUGUUUAACUCAGCACAUGAUGAUUCACACUGGUGAAAAGCCGUUUUCAUGUGUGACCUGUGGAAAACGUUUCAGUCAAAAACAGUGUUUAACUCAGCACAUGAUGAUUCACACUGGUGAAAAGCCGUUUUCAUGUGUGACCUGUGGAAAAAGUUUCAGUCAAAAACAGUGUUUAACUCAGCACAUGAUGAUUCACACUGGUGAAAAGCCGUUUUCAUGUGUGACCUGUGGAAAAAGUUUCAGUCAAAAACAGUGUUUAACUCAGCACAUGAUGAUUCACACUGGUGAAAAGCCGUUUUCAUGUGUGACCUGUGGAAAAAGUUUCAGUCAAAAACAGUGUUUAACUCAGCACAUGAUGAUUCACACUGGUGAAAAGCCGUUUUCAUGUGUGACCUGUGGAAAAAGUUUCAGUCAAAAACAGUGUUUAACUCAGCACAUGAUGAUUCACACUGGUGAAAAGCCGUUUUCAUGUGUGACCUGUGGAAAAAGUUUUAGGGAAAAAUCGAAUUUAACUCAGCACAUGAUGAUUCACACUGGUGAAAAGCCGUUUUCAUGUGUGACCUGUGGAAAACGUUUCAGUCAAAAACAGUGUUUAACUCGGCACAUGAUGAUUCACACUGGUGAAAAGCCGUUUUCAUGUGUGACCUGUGGAAAAAGUUUUAGUCGAAAACAGAAUUUAACUAAACACUUGAGGCGUCACACAGUUGAAAAGCAGUAGAAGUAUUUUCCAUACAUGUUCUAUGUUGAGGUUCACUAUAGAACUGAUUAGGUUUAAAACUAGAAUGAAAGACUGGAGGGG